AUGGAAGAGGCCCCCCUGCUUGGCGGGAUGCCGGGUCCCGAAGAGGAGAUGGGGCCAGACCUGUUCGGUGCGGAGAGUCGGUUCGCUCCGGAAAACAUGGCCCUGAAAGCGCCGGGGGUGGCGAAGGCCGAGGAAGACGAGUUCCACGUGUUCAAGGACCCGUACCUGAGCCCCGCGGAGCCCAAGGAGCCCCUGCUGCACGCCUUCAGCCCCCCGCUGCACCUGGACUGCGGGAACAAGGUCAAAGCCGGGCUCCUGGUGGACGAGCACGAGGAGGAGAUCCUUGGGGAGUUUCCGAGUCUCCCCGAGCUCGACCCCCUGGAGGACGCGGUUCUCCCCGCCGCCCCGCCGCAGGCCUACAACGUCCACUUCCUGUCCUCCCUGCUGACCCCGCACAGGAGCCCCGCCGUCGUGCCCCUGGGCGCCUGGGCCCUGGAAGGAGCCGCCCACCCCGGUGUCCGGGUGAUUCCAGUCGAAGUCGAGGAAGGAGAUGGCGCUCUGACCAGCGAGACGCUGGAGGAGGCAGCUCUGCAGAACCCUCCUCCCCAGGAACCCUGCCAGUUCCCCUCGUCACAGGAAGCGAGGGACGCCUCGGGCAGCUCUGAGAGGGACGCCAACCCCAUGGUGCGAGGCCAGCUGGAGGAGGGCUCGCAGGUGCUGUGUGCAGACGGCGCUGGCGCAGGGGACCUGAAGGCGCUCCACUUGGUCCCUCAGUACCAAGACCAAAACCCUUCUCUACAGUCAGAUGUCCCUAAACCACUGACUACUUUAGUAGGAAGAUUUUUGCCAGUACCAGCAAAGUUAAAUCUCAUUACACAACUUGACAGAGCCGCCGUGCAGUCCAGAGCCGCCGGGCUCGCGUUCCCCUCGGGACCAGCCCUUCUGGGACCACCCAGGACACCUGUGGCUGGGCACUGUGACUGCUUUGCCAGUGGGGAUUUCUGCAACAACUGCAACUGUAACACCUGCUGCAACAGUUUACGGCACGGACUGGAACGCUUUAAGGCCAUUAAGGCUUGUCUUGACAGAAAUCCAGAAGCUCUCCACCCAAAACUCGGGACGGGGAGCGUGGGGGACGUGAAGCCGCGACGCAGCAAAGGGUGUCACUGCAGGAGGUCGGGCUGCCUGAAGAACUACUGCGAGUGCUAUGAGGCCAAAAUUAUGUGUUCUUCUAUCUGCAAAUGCAUUGAUUGCAAAAAUUAUGAAGAAAGCCCAGAACGAAAAACGCUAAUGGCCAGGCCCAACUACUUGGAAAUCGGAGGCUUCGAAGGCAGCUGCCCUCCGUCAGGACUACCGAAGUUCAGGAGAGACAGGUGGUCCUCCUGCAUCUCCUGGGAGGUGGUGGAGGCCACCUGCGCCUGCCUGCUGGCUCAGGGCGAGGAGGCCGAGCAGGGACACUGCUCCGAGCACCUGGCCCAGCAGAUGAUCCUGGAGGAGUUCGGGAGGUGCCUGUCCCAGAUUCUGCACAUCGAGUUCAAGUCCAAAGGGCUGAAGAUGGAGUAG